AUGUGCUCUAAUUCAAGGAUGAACACAAGGAUUUGCCAAGCGCUGACACUUUACCUAUUGGGCGUGCUGCUUCACGUUGCCCAUUCAUCACCGCUUCAAAGUGACUCAACGCAAUGUGGAGUGACGCUAAAGUCGGCAGGGGCCACCGAUAAAUUUGGCACCAACGUCGGCCACGCGAUUCACUCAAUCACCGUACGUGCCCUCAGGAAAUUUGACCCGUCGGUGAGCGUGAAGAAUCGCGUUCCGACGGUGAAUCUGAACCUUUCCUCGGAGACCGUGCUCCUCUCGUAUGCACCCGAUCGACGCGGCCCCAGCGAUGCGCUCUUCCAUUCGGACGGAAUGAAGACUUUUGAUGAGAUUCUCUCACAAAUGGACGAUCCAACGUGGGCUCUCAAAGGGUUCAGCCCACUCGAGAAGCUCGUUCACGCGUUCCACAUGGAAGAGGCCUGGUCGAUGACCCUUCAUCAAUACCAAAAGGUUCAACAAAAUCCCCCAUCAGGCGACGUUUGUCGAUGUGCAAACGAUGUCGAGAAUAAUGGAGUGAUGAAAAUGCUCGGCUUUGUUGCGCAAGCCCUCCGUGCUGAACCAAUCGAGACGAUCCAGGAGAAUGGCGAUCCGCGAAACAGAAAAGUCAAAUUCGAUUAUGAGAAACUCAAAAGUUGGGGAACUUCAAACACCAACGACAAAAAGGGUCGAAUCUCGUACGAUUACAAUCGUCAGGCCGAUGCACAAGUGCCAGUUGGAAAGAAGUCUUUGAGCGAAAACGACAAAAAGGGACGAAUUUCUUACAACUACGAGAAGCUCGACGAGCAAGAGGCAGUGAAACCCUCCGCGAGAGAUGGAGUCAAGUUUGACUACGCACAACAAAUGAACCAAAAAAAAGCUCAAACCAACGACAAAAAAGGCCGAAUCUCGUACGAUUACAAUCGACAAGCCGAUCAAGCCGAAGUUGGAAAGAAAUCUUUGAACGAAAACGACAAAAAGGGACGAAUUUCUUACAGCUACGAGAAGCUCGAUGAGCAAGAGCAAGCCGAUCACGGCGAAGACAACUCAUUGCCUCUUUUGGAUAACGCCGCGGCUUGGGAGGUGUGGAAACCGACUCUGAUCACGAUGAAAGCCGAGGAUCAUUUUGACACGGCGCUUUUCUUGUAUUGUGCCCUUAGAAAC